UUUUUAAAAGGAAGAGCAGCUUUUCUCUCUUCCGGUUUCAGCGCGCGCACGCACACGCGCACGACGUCUGACGUUUCAAACGGGAGUGGACUCGUUUCCUCAAAGGAGACUCCCAACGACGAAUCCGGCCUCUCAGCUCUUAUACGAGGAGGAGUUCGCGAUGAAGCGGCGACUGGAGGAUCGGGGAACGUUCUUUGAUGGCCGCCCGGACGAGGCCUCCGCACGGGGCCAGCAGCUCAAGAGGCUCAAGGUAGAAGAUGCUCUGUCUUACUUGGAUCAAGUGAAACUGCAGUUCGGCAACCAGCCUCAGGUCUACAAUGACUUCCUGGACAUAAUGAAAGAGUUCAAGUCUCAAAGUAUCGACACCCUCGGGGUCAUCAGCAGAGUGUCACAGCUCUUCAGAGGUCACCCCGACCUCAUCAUGGGCUUCAACACCUUCCUGCCGCCCGGCUACAAGAUCGAGGUCCAGAACGCUGUCGCCGGGUGAAAAAUAAAUAAAAAUAAAAAGGCUUCUUUGGGACAAAAUUCAUAUUGAAUUGUGGAGAAGCAUUUUUAAGUCUGCUAUGAUCACGCACUUUGAUUUUAAGAGUUAUUUUUCUUUUAAUGACGGAGACAAAGUUUCCCCUUUUUAAUUGUUCUAUUGUAUUCAGCGAUUACCCAGGAUACACGGUUAUCUACAUGAAUUUUAUAUUUGUUCUAUUAUAACCUGACUAAUUAUAAUUCUGACUAUUGAAUCAAGCUAUACUGUAUUAAAUACAAAUAAUGUCAACGUA